CGUGAAUAGCCGGGACGACGUCGUUGCCAGAUUGCACCGAAGCAAUCUCUCUCCUUUCCCCGGCGGCCGAAGCGGAAGACACUAGAAGAGAAGACGCAGGAUCUGACAGCUUCAUCUCCCCUCCGUCCGACAGCUCCGCAAAAUUCCCCGAAAGAGAGACGCUGAAAAGAUGCCGAAGGCGAAGAUCGCACCGUCGGUGCUCUCAUCGGACUUCGCGAACCUGGCGUCUGAGGCGGCUCGCAUACUUCAGUGCGGCGCCGAUUGGCUCCACAUGGACAUCAUGGAUGGGUAGGUUGGACUAUCAGCUCAAAACCGACAAUAUGCUUGCCCCUAUAUUUCUGAUAAUCAGAUGUAUAACAAGUGUAUUGCUGAACUAAUGUUUGGUUUCUAUUUCAGACACUUUGUCCCCAAUCUUACUAUUGGCGCUCCUGUCAUUCAAAGUCUUAGGAAGCACACAGAGGCAUAUUUGGAUUGUCACCUUAUGGUCACAAAUCCUCUAGACUAUGUGGAACCUCUAGGAAAAGCCGGUGCUUCUGGUUUUACAUUUCAUAUUGAGGUAGCCAAAGAAAAUUGGGAAGAACUUAUCCAGCAGAUUAAAUCAAAGGGCAUGACACCUGCUGUGGCUUUAAAACCUGGAACACCUGUUGAAGAAGUUUACCCACUGCUUGACGGUGAAAAUCGUGUGGAAAUGGUUCUUGUUAUGACUGUGGAACCUGGAUUUGGAGGUCAGAAGUUCAUGCCAGAAAUGAUGGAUAAGGUGGAUGGUGGCUUGGGGCCUUCAACCAUUGAUGCAGCCGCUUCUGCAGGAGCAAAUUGCAUUGUUGCAGGAAGUUCAGUGUUUGGAGCUUCUGAACCGGCCCAGGUUAUAUCACUUAUGAGAAACAGCGUGGACAAAAUGCAGCAAGCCAAUUGAAAUUGGUACAGGCAAGAUGCAUAAUUGAAUGCUUGAAAUUUGUUUACCGUGUAUGCUAAUAAGCUUGUUGAUGUCUUACAACUACAUAAAGGGGCAGUGCCGGUGCACAAAGCACUUGCCUGUUUCAAGUAUGCUUUAUGAUCAUGAAACAAAAAUAUAAUGUUGUGAUAUAUUGUACCUUUUAAUCUCUUACCUGUACGUUUGGUGAAGCCGAUCAUCAGCUUCCAUAAUGUGAAUGUUUCUUGAACUUUC